AUGCCGUCAGCAAACUCUAUCAUACAUUUACACACAAAUGGGAACCCAGGUAAAUUUUUACCGCCACGACUCGUAAUUCUUGGACCACCAGCUUGUGGAAUAGGAUUUGAGUGUGAACUUCUUAUGGAGUUAUUGGUAGUCGUGCACCUCUCAAACGAGAAAUAUCUGCGUCAAGCCAUUCAAGACAAGACAACAGUUGAUCUAUUAACUCAUCUAUAUUUUAAAUCUGAUUGGUAG